GCCGCCAUCUAUACGGAGUAUAAACUCAAAAACUUCAAAAAGCUCAAAAGCCUCAAAGGAAAAGACAAAGAAGGGAAAAGGAGUGUCCUUUCAAUAGGUUUUACUUCUUCUUUGUCUUCCUUUUUCUGGGUCCUUCAAUUGGAACUACGCCUACGGAGUAAUUACAUGGCAACCCUGUAAGGGUUUCCACUGGAGUUCUCCCUCUUCCCUCAAACCAAAAGAAGCGACGCCCUCUUCAAUCUCCAGAAUAUAAGGUACCAUCGCCAUGAGCGCCUCGGACGACGCCACGAACCCGGCUCCCGCUGUGGCGGCGCCGGCGACAACUACGACGAGUGUACCACCAACUCCCAAGACGCCGCCGGCCAAACCGGGCUUCAUUCCUCUCGUCACCGUCGUCGGCUUCCAUCAUGCCAGGGGACCCGAGGUGGAGUCGUGGUUUGGGGCGCCCGAGGGAAGUGACCCGGCCAUAGACUUUGGGUGGUCAUUGCUGCCCUUUAUGGCUCUGAGUGACGGCGCACACGCCUCCGACGAAGACUUCAGCUACUUCACCCUCCUGUAUCCCGCCGCCACCGAAACCUCGCCCGCGACCUCGCUCUUCGGCAUCUCCUGCACACGCCAGCUGGAUGCCUCCCAGCUCCUCAACCGACCCGCCGACGUCACCCGCUCCACCGUCCAGAAGGCCGUCGUCGUCAUUGCCGACAGUCCCCAUUCCUUCGGCAUGAUGCGCGAGCGCCUCAGCGUCGUCACCCAGGCCUGGUUCGCCCAGCGCGAAUUCACCGACACGGAAAUCCUUCGCCGCUUCCAGGAGAGUCUUGCGGAGGAGAAGGGACGCCAGGCGAGUGAAGAGGAGGACAAGGACCAAUACCUUGGCAUGAGCCUGCGCGAGCUCGUCAGGGAGUUCCGGUGGCAGACCCUGGUGCUGCUCAAGUCUUGUUUGUUACAGCCCAAGAUGCUUUUCUUUGGAUCACGAUGCGAACGUCUAUGCAUGAUGCAGUUUUCCCUUAUUUCUUUGAUACCCGGCCUUAUCCGUAACCUACAAGACUGCGCCGAUCCCGAGUUAAACGCGUACGAGUCCGGGUUGACCACGCCCACAACAUUACGGACAAGCGAUCGUAAUUCUCUGUUGACGUAUAUGGGACUGCCCCUUCAAAUAUUUGGAAAGGGCAGCUUGUUCGGGCCUUAUACUCCGCUUCAGCAGCUUGAUAUCCUUGCCGACUUCGGCACCAAGGCCUACAUUGUCGGCAGCACCAACUCGCUCCUCCUCCAGCAAAAGGAUCGAUACAGCGACAUUCUUAUUAAUCUCGACGAGAAAACCGUCAACAUAUCUUCCUCCUCCCUCCGGAUGGCAUUGACUCUAUCCGCAGCCGACCGUCGUUGGAUCGACUAUCUGACCCAAGAGGUCAACGAGACAUGGGACGACGCGAACCCUGGCCGCCCCAAGACUAUGGGAUACGUGGGCAGCGAGGAGUUCAUCCGUCUCCAGUUCGAGGAGUACAUCCUCGCCCUCCUCGCCUCCUACAAGUACCACAGAUACCUCAAAGCGAACCACAACAACCCGCGCGCCCUGCUCCCUCACAUCGACGGGGACCCGGCGUCCGACUUUGGCGCCGAGUUCAUCGAAGCCUGGUCGCGCACCGAGAACCACCGCAUGUGGAACGCGCACACCGACUCGCACCUCUUCGACGUCGUGGAGCCCAAGCACCCCUGCGCCGGCGGCCUCACCGUGGAGGACGUCCAGCGACGCAUCACCCAGCAGGUCCAGGACAUGCACCUCGACGAGCGCUUCGCCCAGGGCCGAGAGGUCCUGGGACGCAACCUGGCCGCGGGCCGCGAGAAGGCCUCUUCGCUCUUCAACAAGCUCUAUUCCGACAUGGAGACCUACCGGGAGGCGCAACGACAGAGGGCCAAGGGACUGGAACAGCAGCAGCAACCGCAACCGCAACCGCAACCGCAGCCGCAACAUCAGCGAAGCGCCCUCGGCAGUCUUGUGUCGGCCGGUCCCGAUAGCAACGACGCCCUUCACCAACAGGGGGCAGGGUGGGGCCAGGGGAGCGAGAACGACGGUAAAGCCCAGAACAACACGGCCGGCGCCAAGGCAAGCACGUACGUGGGCAGCUGGGUUACCUGGGCGGGGGAGAAGCGCAAGGGCUGGGGCGCCGGGUGGGGCAGGAAGUCGGACGGCAAGAGCGGCGGCGCGAGCUCUCCCGGCGGCGUCCUCUCCCCGCGGGAGAGCAUGGCGCCGACCGAGAAGGAAGGCCGGGCGUCCGGGUCGUCCUCUUUCUUCCCGCGGACCAGGGACAGCGGCGGCGCGGGGGCAGAGAACGGCUCCGGCUAUUAUUCCGCCGUGUCGCACGGCAGGACGAGGGGCGGGGAUCCGAGUCAGAGGCCUUUGACGGGCGACUCGUUCGGCGAGUCGAUCAUUUCGGCGGCGGGCACCACUGAUUCGAAUUCGACGCCGUCGAGCCCGUCGCGGGCUCGGGCACGACCGCCGCCUUUUCCGGGGGCGAUACCGGAUGCGGAUGCGCUGGGUAUCUAUCCCGGGCUGGAGAUCAAGGAUGUCACGCAUGGGAGGGGCGGUGACGGCGGCGACGCGCGCAAGAAGCUAGAGGCUGGGUCUGACGAUGGGGAAAAGACACCCCUGCCUCGGACGGAGGAGGAGCUGGUGAUACCCGAACCCAAGGGAAAGGAGAGUGAUGAGGUGGGGAACAGUAGUCCUGCCAUCACGGAGGGCAAUGUCCUUACUGCAGAACCAACACCAACGGCAACUGCAGCGACAACAACAACAACAGUAGCAUCGGCAACGGCGGAUGGAGACGUGUCUAAAUCAUGAUGACAGAAAUUGACCGUGAUGGUAGUCUGCUCCCCCUAUAUUCAAUGAUGCAAGCAAUAUAGUGCUUGCUUGCUUGCUGUUUCGGAUGAGGGAGGAAAGAUGCCAGUCAAGGGAGAGAAAGAUGAUAAAUAAAUAAUCACAAAUAAAGAACUAACAAGCAUUCCUC